AUGGGUUGCAAGAGCACUAAAUCCCUGGCCUUUAUGAUCCUUCUCCUAAUGCUUAUGUUCCUCAGUGUGGUCAGUGCAGGUGAUAAGAAAUGCCAAGAUGCCAAACAUAAGCACAAGCACAAAUCCCCACCAUCACCCCCUCCUAAACAUAAGUCACCACCACCACCUCCUCCCAAACAUAAGUCUCCGCCACCACCGCCGCCUCCUCCUCCUCCUCCCAAAGCCAAGUCUCCGCCACCAUGUUCCACACCACCUUCCCCGCCACCUCCCUCUCCACCUCCCCCAUCCCCUCCACCUCCGUCACCUUCCCCCCCACCGCCUCCUCCCUCUCCACCUCCGCCGCCAUCACCUUCCCCCCCACCUCCCUCUCCACCUCCCCCAUCCCCUCCACCUCCGUCACCUUCCCCCCCACCGCCUCCUCCCUCUCCACCUCCGCCUCCGGCGAAUCCUUUAUCUUGCCCGAGGAAUGGGGUAGAAUAUCUAGCAUGUGAUCCUUUGUACGGUACAGGGGUCGACAAUAGUACAGAGGUUGUUUCUGCUUGCUGCCCUCUUUUCGAUGGCCUUAGUGAUCAGAAUCAACUGGUUGACUGCUUUUGCGAUGGUGUCUAUUUCCACGCGUUUGGCGUUGUCAACGUCGACGCUCAAGGUAUCUACAAUGCUGGUCCGCUUAUUGACGUGUGUCACAUCCCGGCUCCAUCUAACUUGAUCUCGUGCCCCUUUACACAGCUUUCCUGA